UCGGAAUGCAGAAUAAAGACCACAUGCUGCAUGCUUACAAUUUUCUCUGGUCUGGUUUUUGCAGAAAUAGGAUCAUGCCUUUAUCUAUAAGAGGCCAUAUAUGAUAAGUGCCAAGACAAGGUGGCGAUGUACUGCAGCUAUGAUGCGAUGCAUUGCAGCAAGGAAGUGAUGUAUUGCAGGUAGGAGGCGAUGUAUUGCAGCUAGGAGGCGAUGUAUUGCAGCUAGGAGGCGAUGUAUUGCAGCUAGGAGGCAAUAUACUGCAGCUAGGAGGCAAUAUACUGUUCCCAGGAGGCGAUGUACUGCACCCAGGAGGCGAUGUACUGUACCUAAGAAGCGAUGUACUGCACUCAGGAGGCGAUGUACUGCACUCAGGAGGCGAUGUACUGCACUCAGGAGGCGAUGUACUGUACCUAAGAGGCGAUGUAGUGCAGCUAGGAGGCGAUGUACUGUACCAAAGAGGCGAUGUACUGCACUCAGGAGGCGAUGUUCUGUACCCAGGAGGCGAUGUACUGUACCUAAGAGGCGAUGUCUGCAGCUAUAACAAGAGGCGUGUAGCGAUGUGAUUGUGGUUUUGAGUUUAUAUGUGCGGACCACCGCCUACACAGAAAUCCGCAAUGGGAACUGAACAAUUUUGCCUGCGCUGGAAUGAUUUCCACUCAAACAUCACUUCAGCCUUCGCAGAGAUACGAGAUGAAGACGACUUUCUUGAUGUGACACUAGUAUGCGAGGGGGAGACGGUGAAGGCCCACAAGCUCGUCCUCUCCGCCUGCAGUCCACUCUUCCGAGUUAUGCUCAAGAAGAACUCUCAUCCACAACCUAUGAUCUUCCUCAGAGGGAUCCGGUAUCCGGAUAUGCUUUCUAUCCUGAACUUUAUGUACAACGGUGAGGUGAAUGUGAACCAGGAGGAUUUACAGAACUUCCUGGCGGCAGCAGAGGAACUUAGAAUCAAGGGACUAUCCCAGGGGUCUUCCGACACAGUGCCAAAGAAAACUAUUGGACUUCCUUCCUCCCUGGCGGUCAGACCAUCUACAGAGCAGACACCAGGACCUCCUCUUAAACGAGCCCGCCCUGAUUCUCCAGCUGGGGGCGUGUCCGCCGCCUCUUCACCCACCAGUGCCAAAUCUCCAGUUCUCCCGGAGGAAGAGGAGGAGAUGAUGGAACCUCCUCAGCUGUCCGUGAAGAGAGAAUUUAAUCUGAAUAAGCCUGGUCUACUUCAACCAGCUAAAGACAGGAAUAGCUCAGUGUCAAGUGUUGGUGGAGGUAUGGAAGAAGAAGAAGAUGAAGAUCAAGGAGAUCAAGGAAGUAAUCUGCUUGACUGUCUAGUUCAGGCCCAAAAUUUUGCCUUACAGCAGGGUUAUGAACAGAAUAUGUCUCAUAUUGCUUCUCAACAGCAACAGCUGAUGUCUGGAAAUUCAGCAGGAACUGAUGGUAAAAAUCUGCUUCAGUUUCUGGGACAGAGCAACAUGAGUAACGCCGCGGCAAACGCGCUAAUGAUGCAGCGCCUGCUCGGAACCGGUUAUGAACUUCAUCCUCUUGGUUCAAGGAAGGAUGAAGAUCCAUUCUCCCAAAUUAAGGUUGCUAGAUCAUCUAAAGGAUGGCACUGUCCUCAGUGUAUACACAUAUCCUCUACCAAAGGGAAUCUCAAGUCACACAUUCUAUCCGGAAGACAUAAAACGUACACUGAGAAACCAUUUGGAUGUCAGUACUGUGACCGGUCCUAUGGAACCAAACAGAGUCUCCAGGUUCAUAUUUCCACCAAUCACAGAGCAGAACGGGACGCAGAGUAUCAAGCUCUCAGUAAAUCCCUCGGUAUGAAAACCUUCCCAGAGGCACAGUUUUAUAUGAAACAGGAGAAUUAUGAGAGUGCUAUGAGUCCGGCAGCCCUUCAGCAGCUACAACACCAAUUACAGCAGGCCCAAGUUUCCCAGAGCCAAGCUCACAGUCAGAUGAAUCAUCAGGGGCAUGCACAGGUUGCAGCAACCCUUGCCUCAUUGAGCUCCCAACCUAACCUGACUAUCCAGGCCACGAAGGGUCCCGGGGACUCCCCCAGGGGCUCCGAGGGAAAGGAGAACUUUCCGUCCUGCAGGCUAGAGGCCAGGGGGCAGAGUAAAUCCUUAGAUCAACAGCACAAUAAGAUGGAACAUCAAUAUCCGGGUAUGGAGGAUAGUGAUGAUGAAGAAGUUGAACCUCCUUUAUAAAUAGCAACCAUGGAUAAUAUCAGCAGUAUAACCACACCUUAGAGCAGUAUCUUGACCCUCCUUUAUACCACAACCUGGAUAUCAGCAGCAGUAUAACCACACUUUAGAGCAGUAUCUUGGCCCUCCUUUAUACCAGAACCUGGAUAUCAGCAGCAGUAUAACCACACCAUAGAGCAGUAUCUUGACCCUCCUUUAUACCACAACCUGGAUACCAGCAGCAGUAUAACCACACCUUAGUGCAGUAUCUUGACCCUCCUUUAUACCACAACCUGGAUAUCAGCAGCAGUAUAACCACACCUUAGAGCAGUAUCUUGACCCUCCUUUAUACCACAACCUGGAUAUCAGCAGCAGUAUAACCACACCUUAGAUACCCUCGUUUAUAUUAUAACCUGGAAACCAGCAGCAAUAUAUCCACACCCUUGAUACCCUCUUUUACACCACAACCUGGAUAAUAUCAGCAGUAGUACCACACCUCAGAGCAGUAUCUUUACCCUCAUUUUUACCACAAAUUCGAAAAUAUCUGAUAUAAAAACCACAUCAUAGAGCAGAAAAUAUCGAUCAAAGCAUUAUUGUGGCAUUACACGCUAAAAGAAAGUCCGGAAGUUACAUUUGUGUUGUACUAAACCUUAAUCUUUGAGUACUGCAGCGAAGUUUCUGCACUUUCAUUUGUACUGCUAUGCGUACCGUCGCGUAGGUUAAAUGUACUCUACACCCUCAAUAGUACUGAACAAGAUUAUUAGUGCUUCAAUAUUUAUUUGAUAUUCCACUGACAUCACGAUAAUAAUUCCAUAAAGCAUAGAAAAUGUCAUCACUAGUUGAAAACCUCAUCCCAAUAAAUGUAAAAAAAGACGACUUAAAUAUUUGAUUAAAUUUGAUGAAAACUGUUGACAUCACAUUUGCCCGUUUAAGGAAAAAAAACUCUUUAUUUAGCUUUAUUAGUUAUCCUUUGUAUAAAUGUAAAUAUAUUCUAUAUUGCCCCACAGUCAUUAACAGUUUUAUGUAUUCUAAAACGCUUAAAAUUUUACUUUAAUUUUACUGAAGGUUUUUAGUUCCUUUUCACAUGAUUGCUAUAAAAAACGAUUUUGUUCUGUAACCUUUCUACCAUCUACCGGUGAAAUCCUGAACUAAAAAUUAUGUAAUUAAUUAAAAACGAUCUGGUGAUGCAACUACAGCUUCCCCUGGGGUGUGAUAAAAAUAUGCAAAAUCUAAUUUUUAUACAAAUCACACAAUUUUUUAUAGGAAUUAACGCGUCGUUAAUAUAAUAACUAAACUGUAUUUUUGACGAAAUUAAACCAAAUUUUCAACAAAUUUAAAUUCACGAGUCUUCAAGACUUUGAAAAAUCAGUAUUGAGUAUAAAUCUCGAAAUGUUAGAAUAUCAAAUCUUCUAUAUUUAAUAUAGAUCAUUUAUUAUUUUUAAUAUAUACGUGUUAUGUCAGCUUCAUGUUUUGUUAAUUUCUGUUUUGCUGUAGUGUCAUCUAUAUACUAACCAACUGUGGUCAUAUUAACUUUGAUACAACUUAAACAUGAUCUGUUUUAAUAGUUUUGAUGACUGCUUAAAGAACCGUAAUGAGAAUUUAUUCCCGAAUUAUUUCAAUUAUUGUGUACAUUGUACAUUUUCCAAGUCGAUGUUAUGUACCAAAGUGAAACCCGCCAUUUACCCUCUGAUUCCCUGAAUUUGCCAAAAUUUUCCACGUAUUUAAUCCUGUAUGUAAUCUAUAUACAUUAGCUAUGCAAUUUGUGAAAAUAUUUUGUUUUCCGUUUAGGCACCAUUUUGUCUGAACCGCCAUUUUGUUUGGUUAGUUAACAUGUAUUUUACCAGUAUAGUUUGUAGACUAUAAAUCUGCCAUGUCGAGACGACAAUAAAAAGUUUGAUAAGCUUUUGAA